CUGUAUUAUCGCAUUUGGUGGCGGGUAGUACGUCUUUCGAGGUCAUUAUGUCCAAUGUAAAACCGAAGAGUGCGUCAGAUAUUUUUUGUGAUGCACAUGCUUUGCAUGUAGUUGACACAAGCAGAGCCAAAGAUGGAGUCUGGUUAGUCAAAGUUCCCAAAUAUUUAGCUGAACUUUGGCAUAAUGCUGGCUCUGAUGGUGUAGUUGGGAAAGUUGUGAUCGCAAGUUCAACUAGUGCAUCUCAGAAUGGCAACAAAGGCCCAGGGUCACAGGUCACUCUUGUUACUGACUCAGAACUAUUAAAUCAAGUUGGAGAGUCUGGAAAUCUGAUACCAAAGGAACAUCAGUUUCUGAUUCAAACUUCUGCUUCAUCAAAUAGUACACCUGGGACUGCUCGCCCAGGCCAGACUACUCCAAGUUCGACAGUUCAAAGGCGUCCUGGGGCUAUAUCUGGACAAGAACUCAUAAUCUUAUGUGAAGACGACCUUGGAUGUGCUCAAACCAACUUGUUCCCAUCUUCGACGAGCAACACAACUUUAACUUCCUCUGCAGCCCCACCUUCUCCAUUCUCAAAUAAACCGUACGCUCGUUACUCUCGGCGACUAUCUUUGUUUGGCCGUGUUAAUAGUCGAGCUGAAUGCAGACCACCGCCUAAUACAAGAUAUAUGAUGCUCAAAGCUCAACAGCUCAAAGCAAAGAAUCGACCGCGACAUGAAGUCUGUCUCCUUUAUGAACCAGUAAGAAACUACAAACCAGUCUCCAAUCAUGUCAACAAUAUCGAGUAUGAAAAUCGGAAAAAGGUUGAGGGUAAAAAUCUUAGACGUGAAAAAGAAGACGUUUUGCAAGAUUUGUUCAAAGCUUUCGAAAGACAUCAAUAUUAUUCUAUUAAAGAUUUGGUUGUACUUACUAAGCAACCAUUGUUUUAAUCAUAAGCCUGAUGAAAUUCAAAAUACCUUUAAACCAUAGAAUCUACUAACUUGUUAUCACGUUCGAUGAUUGGUCGCGUAUGCCUCAUCGUCGUUUGCUUAUAACUAGUCAAAAUCCUCAGUAAUUAUUGGUGAAAACUGUGUUUCUUAUAUUCAUUAUUUUUAGAUGUUAGAUUAAUUCCGUCAAUUUAUUGUACAUGUAAUCAUUGAUGUGUUUUCACCCUUAUCUUUCUUUUGUUUAUCUUGCGUUUACAAGCAAAAGCACCGUCAUAAAAAUGAAUUACUAUUGAUAACCAUGACAGGAUUCAAGAAGGCAAGAACAAGAAGACAGCAACGGACGACAUCCGAACAGGAACAAAGUCAAGGCAUAAGCUGAAUACACCGAAGCAAACAAGCAAGUGAAGGAAAGCCCUAGAGUUGACAAACACGAAUACGUAGAAGACCUGGCAGCGACAUCUGAAGAAAUUGCUAAAGAAAGGAAUACGAGACAACCAUGUGACAACAAAGAAACUAGCAGGGAGAUAUAGCUAACCAGGGCAACCAGUCAAGUACAAAGAAGACAAACCAAUCACUGAGGUUCAAGAACAGAGGAACAGGUCAGUAGAGCACUUUGAUGAACUCUUCAUUCAGCCAAUCCUACUGAACCCACCAAACAUCGAAGCAAUACACAUAGACGUUCUUAUAGCUGUUGCUCCAUCAACGAUCAAAUAAACCAGGAGUGGGAAGGCAUCAGGACCUGACAAAAUAAUAGCUGAAGUAGUGAAGUCAGAUUUGGCAUCAACUGCAAACAUGCUCUAUUCAGGAAGAUUUUGGGGGAGGAACAAGUGUCGAUAGACUGGAAGAAGACCUGAGCAAAUGUGAAAACUACAGAGGCAUCACACUACUCUCGGUACCAGGAAAUGUUUCCAACAAUGUGUCGAUGAACCGACUGAAAGAUUCAGUAGACGUCCAGCUUCGAGAUCAACAGGUCGGAUUCCGUAAGGAUCAGUUUUGCACAGACCGAAUCGCAACACUCCGCAUCAUCGUUGAACGAUCAGUUAAACAGAACUCGUCACUGUACAUUAACUUCCUUGACUGUAAGAAGGCGUUUGACAGCGUGGAUAAAAGAAUCUUAUGGAACCCUCUACGACACUGGUGUAGCUGAAAAGAUCGUCAUCAUCAUUCGGAAUUCAUUCUCUUUUUUCUGGUGAUUGACUUAAUUAUGAAGACCACCACAUCUGAGGGUAAGCACGGAGUACAAUGAACAACUUGUAUGCAACUACACGAUUUUGACUUCGCAGAUAGUCUAGCCCUUCUAUUCCAUACACACCAACAAAUGCAGGUCAAGGCAAUCAAUGUAGCAGAAGCCUCUGUAUCAGUAUGCCUCAACAUACACAAGGGCAAAAGCAAGAUCCUCAAAUACAAUACGAAAAACACCAACCCAAUCACACUUGAUGGAGAAGCUCUGGAAGAAGUCGAAACUUUCACGUGCCUGGACAUCAUCAUAGAUGAACAAGGAGGAUCUGAUGUAGACAUAAAGGUAAGGAUCGACAAAGCAAGGGCAGCAUUCCUACAGUUGAAGAACAUAUGGAACUCAAAAUAUCUGUGGGCCGACAUCAAAGUCGCAAUCUUCAAUACCAGUUUCAGGACAUUUCUACUGUACAGAGCUGGAACUUCGAGAACUACUACAACCAUCAAAGAAGUACAAGUAUUUAUAAACAAUUGUCUACACAAUAUACUCAAUGUCCGUUGGCCGAAUACCAUAAGCAACAACACAAUAUGGCAAAGAAUAAACCAGCUUCCAGCUGAAGAGGAAAUUAGGAAAAGACGCUAGAGAAAGAUAGGACAUCAUCAAAGUGCAUCACGAGGCAAGCGCUAACUCGGAAUACUGAAGGGAAACGGAAAAGGGGAAGGCCAAAGAACACACUACGUCGAGAAUCGGAAACAAAUAUUAUUAAUACCAUUCAUAAAGACAAUUCAUAUUGUCAUCCUUAAGGUACUAAUGCUAACAAAACGUGUUCACAAAACAAGAGUUUAUCUGUAUCUGAAGAGUAUUUUAUUUAAUGUUAAUUCUUAGUUAAUUAACGUUGGAUCCACAUUUCAUUGACGUAAUGAAAAUUGAAACAUAAAAUAGUAAUAACUCCAUAACAUAACACAUUUGAAGUAGAUGCAAGGUGUUUAAUUUGUUUUAAAACCUAGACAUGUCGUUCACGUACUCUCAUAUUAGCGAAUAUUAAUCUGGAAAUAUUCACGAAACCAAUUAAUUUGUUUCGUUAGUUUUCUAUAAACUAAAAUAUUUAGUUUCAGUUUUUCAUGUGCAUGAUAUAUCUUUUUUUACUCUCAGGCUUAUCUUACAGAGAUACUGAAGGAAAUUGCUAUCUUUAACACUCACAUUCCACACAAAAAUAUGUGGGAGCUGAAACCUGAAUACAGACAUUAUACACAGCCUGAGACUAAAACUGAAUCCAACACGGAAUAAACCACGUAAACGUACACCAAUUUGUAAAUUAAUAAAAGCGUUCUUCUCUGUAAUUGUUUUUACUUUAACCCAUUAUUUAAUUUGCAUAACUCUUAAGUUUCAAGCAUAAUUGUUCCCACUGUUCAAGUAAUGCUUUAACUGACUGUUUAUAUCCAUCAACCUUCAGAAUUUGAUUUGAAAGUUUUCGAUUCCUUUGUGUUUAAAUCUGACACCAAAAAGUGUUAAAAUGUGUAUAAGCUAACUUUCAAGUAGCAGUUCCGGUUUAUUUCUUACUUCAAUAAUAUCCUUGUUAACUACUAGAUGAUACAACCCAAAAAACUAAUGGAACCAAAUUUUCCACGAACUCAAGGUAAGAGUGUUCUCCGUUUGUUGGACAAAACUGUGCUCUGUGACCGUAUCCGUAUCUUCGAAAAAGGCUUUUUGAGAAGUUGGUUGUUCUCAAUGCAUUAUACAAAACAUCCAGUAAAAAGCAUUAAACCAUCAACGCGUUGCUGACAAUCAGGAGUUAAAUGAGCGUUCUUGUCCAUCACCACCAUCUCCCCUUAACAUUAUCCUCGAUGAUGCUCUGGAAGCAGUUUUGGGAAGCGUUGUGGCACUGUAGACCCACUGCACCUAGAAAUGCCAUAAUCUGUGUUAUUGUCUACCAUAAUACAACGUAUAAGACUGUCACAUACACAAUCAGACACUGAUCAGGAUUAUUGUGGCAUCUUCAAACUAAG